GGCUUGAUGCUUUGACUGCCUGUUGGCUGGGUCAACUCAGGACUCCCUCCUCUAUUCUUGUAACUACUUUGUUAUCACUCUCCUUUUUUGACGGUUUCGCGCCAACUGUCGCAUUCCUGCGCGCUGGCUGGCGCUUACGACGGUGAAUAGCCACGGGGCGACCGCGCAUCUUUUUUUUUAACUCACUGCUUCAUUUUCGUACGAGAAACACGUUAUUAUUUCUAAUUCCAUUCAUUUAUGCGACAAUGGCAUCCUCGCCAGAGAGCCCUGUCUCUUCGCUUUCGCGAACCCACUCCCUGCCAGGGUUGAAGGAUCUGGAAGCUGGGUAUGUCACCGAGGAGAAAAUAGCCACGAAGGAUAAAGGCGCGCGAGUGGCCAUUGCCCAACUUGCGGCCGUUCCUCGUCGCAAGCCACUCCCUGGAUCGACAUUAGGAUAUGCGCAACAUAAGGAGGACGUUCCGGUGUCUACUAAAAAGAGCCUAUUUUUUGGAUUGUCAAUGGCAAUGUUGAAAGAGGAAGUGAGGUUCGGCGGGAACAAGAAGAAACAAAGAUUAUUCUUUUGCGGAAUAGCUGCUGCUCUUGUGCUCUUGGUCUUGAUAAUUGGCUUAGCAGUGGGCUUGUCGAAGAAAAAGAAAAGCUCGAACCUGCCUCUACCCCUCGAUAAUGGUGGCCCCUACUCCGGGGAUCUCACGUACUAUGAGCCGGGCCUAGGAGCUUGUGGCAUAACCAGCGCUGCCUCCGAGAAUGUCUGUGCUGUCUCGCGGAUCUUGUACGACGCCGCAAGUACAGGGUCAAACCCGAACCAAAACCCACUUUGUGGGUUGAAGCUUCGACUCAGACGGGGUGACAAGAGCGUCGACGUGACUGUUGUUGAUAGAUGUGUUGCUUGCGAACCAACGGACAUCGACGUGUCCGUGAACGUGUUUGAGAAACUUGCCCUGGUUGAACAAGGCAGAGUUGAUGUGGAAUGGGCUUGGCUGGAAAAGGCCCCUGUUAAAGUGCCACACGACUAG